AUGUCGACAUCCACCAGCACAGUCCCCUCUGAGCGGCGCUUCGGCCAGUACGUGCGCCUCCGCCCCUCGGCACUCAAGGAGUACAAGGAGAUACACGCAGCUGUCUGGCCCGAGGUUCUGCAGCAGAUACGGGAGUGUAACAUCCGUGACUACUCGAUAUUCUUCGACGACGCAACAGGUAUCCUGUUUGCGACCUUCAAGUACGUGGGCACCGACUAUGAGGCAGACAUGAACAAGAUGGCGGCGAACGAGAAGGUCAGGGAGUGGUGGGAUGUGACGGACCAGAUGCAGGAGAGCCCCAUUGAAGGCGCGGUUAGUAGCAAAGAGGGGCCUGGCUGGUGGAAGGCCACGGAGGAGGUGUUUUACAUGAAGGAGUAG